AAAAUCCAGAGUCCAUUCAACACCUCUCUCUCUCUUUCUCUCUUUCUCUCUUUCUCCCUUUCUCUACCUUUCCUUCCUCCUCUAAACACAGAUGACCUUCAACUUCAUUUUCAUCUUUUUCCCUUCAAAUCUUUCUCAAACUUCCAUCACUAUAACUCUCUGAACAAACCUCAUCGCCAACACUUUUUUUUCUCUGACCACAAUACUGAAGGUGCUAAAGUUUUGGUUGCCAUUUCAGUUCAUCAGCGUUCGGGUGGUUUGAAAGAAGUUUAAUGGGUAACCUCAAGCUAGCUGUUGAUGUAGUGGGUGCUCAUGAUCUUAUGCCAAAAGAUGGACAGGGCUCAGCCAAUGCUUUUGUAGAGCUUCACUUCGAUCGUCAAAGAGUUCGUACCACGACAAAGGAGAAGGAUCUCAAUCCUGUUUGGAACGAGAGCUUCUACUUUAACAUAUCAGAUCCACAAAAUUUGGCUAACCUUAUUCUGGAGGCCUUUAUCUUUACCUUUAACAAAUCAAGCAUCAGCUCGAAGCCCUGCUUUCUUGGAAAAGUUCGUCUUACUGGGACCUCAUUUGUUUCGCACUCUGAUGCUGCUGUUUUUCACUAUCCUUUGGAAAAACGAGGCAUUUUUUCACGAAUAAAAGGAGAACUUGGCCUUAAGGUCUAUGUAACUGACGAUCCUUCUCUAAAGCUUUCAAAUUUACUUCCUGCAGCGGAACCUUCUGUGGAAAAGGAUCCUCUUCCAGUUCCAAUCACAUCUGAACACCAAUCAACAAUACGAAAAGUUCCAAAGUUUGUAGCAAGUUUAUUUUCUACCGACAAAACUGAAUCAAGACAAACAUUCCACCACCUUCCCAAUGAGAAGCAGUCUCAACAAGAUACGCCACAAGCUAGUGUACCAGCUGUGACCUAUGGAGGAUACGGUAUGAAUUCUAAUCCAAUGGUAGUAAAUAAUGUUCAGGCAUAUCCAGGGUCACCAUUUCAUUAUAAUGAUUAUUCAAUAAGAGAGACGAGUCCAUACCUUGGCGGUGGAAUGGUUGUUGGGGGUCGCCUUGCACUUCGAGACAGGCCUACAAAUACCUAUGACCUUGUAGAAAAGAUGCAUUAUCUUUUUGUUCGAGUUGUGAAAGCCCGUGAUCUUCCCACCAAGGAUUUGACUGGAGGCUUGGAUCCUUAUGUUGAAGUGAAACUAGGGAACUUUAAGGGAACUACAAAGCAUUAUGAGAAAAAUUCAAGUCCCGAAUGGAAUGAGGUAUUUGCCUUCUCAAGGACGGAUGUGCAAUCAACAGUUCUGGAAGUUACUCUUAAAGACAAGGAUCACAUAAAGGAUGAUUAUGUUGGACGUUUGUACUUUGAUCUUCAUGAAGUUCCUACUCGAGUUCCACCUGAUAGUCCAUUGGCUCCUGAAUGGUAUCGCCUCGAAGACAAGAGUAGAUCAAAGAAAAAGGGAGAGCUAAUGCUUGCUGUAUGGUACGGCACACAAGCUGACGAGGCUUUUCCAGAUGCUUGGCAUUCUGAUGCUAUCUCCCCUACUGAUUAUACUUCGGUCAUCCCAGCAUAUAUUCGCUCCAAAGUUUAUCAUUCACCUAGAUUGUGGUACGUCCGUGUCAAUGUUGUUGAAGCUCACGAUUUGGUUGUACAGGAGAAGUCUCGUUUCCCAGAUGCAUAUGUGAAGGUACAAAUUGGCAACCAAGUUCUACGAACAAAACCGGUGAAAACUCAAUCAAUGAAUGCCUUCUGGAAUGAAGAUCUAAUGUUUGUUGCUGCUGAACCCUUCGAUGAUCAUUUGAUCCUUUCUGUUGAGGACCAUGUUGGUCCCAACAAGGAUGAAACGCUUGGGAGGGCUGUUAUUCCGCUGAGUUCUGUAGAAAAGCGUGCUGAUAGUCGACCUAUCCGCAGCCGAUGGUACGACCUUAUGAAGUCUAUGUCAGAUGCCGUGGAAGCAGGGGAGGGGAACAAAGACAAGGAUAAGGAUAAGGAUAAGUUUCAUAGUAGACUCCAUCUUCGCAUUUGUCUGGAGGGUGGAUACCAUGUGCUCGAUGAGUCGACUCACUAUAGCAGUGACCUCAGACCCUCACUGAAGCAACUUUGGAAGCCACCAAUAGGUAUAUUGGAGCUUGGCAUCCUGGCGGCGGAUAAGCUUCAUCCAAUGAAAAAUAGGAAUGGGAAGGGCACAACUGAUACAUUUUGUGUGGCGAAGUAUGGUCAGAAAUGGGUUCGAACUCGAACAAUAAUUGACAAUUUAAGCCCCAAAUUCAAUGAGCAGUACCAUUGGGAGGUUUUUGAUCCUUCCACAGUCUUGACUGUUGGUCUUUUUGACAAUGGUCAUAUUGGUGAAUCCAGCAGUAACAGGGACACAAAAAUUGGGAAGAUUCGAAUUCGUAUUUCAACUCUUGAAACCAGUCGCAUUUAUACACAUGUAUAUCCAUUGCUUGUUCUUCACCCUUCUGGUGUCAAGAAGAUGGGUGAACUGCACCUUGCUCUAAGAUUUUUGUGCCCAUCGGUUAUGAAUUUGAUGUCUAUGUAUUCACGGCCUCUAUUGCCAAAAAUGCAUUACAUAAGGCCAUUAGCGUUGUCUCAACAAGAACCACUUCGACAUCAGGCAGUCAACAUUGUAGCUGCUCGAUUUAGCAGAGCAGAGCCUUCUCUGAGGAAGGAGGUAGUCGAGUACAUGUCUGAUGUAGACUCUCAUCUUUGGAGCAUGAGACGAACCAAGGCCAACUUCUUCCGGAUUGUAGCAGUUUUUUCGGGAUUACUUGCAAUUGGAAAUUGGUUUGGAGAAGUGUGCAUGUGGAAGAACCCCAUUACUACAGGGCUUGUUCAUCUUCUUUUUUUGAUGCUAGUUUGUUUCCCUGAGAUGAUCUUGCCCACAGUUUUCCUCUACAUGUGUGUUAUAGGAAUUUGGAACUAUUGGUACCGUGCUCGAAACCCUCCACAUAUGGACACGAAACUCUCUCACGCAGAGGCAGUGAACCCAGACGAGCUUGACGAAGAAUUCGACUCGUUUCCAACAAGUCGAAGCCCAGACAUAAUUCGAAUGAGGUAUGACCGGAUGAGAAGUUUGGCAGGAAGAAUCCAAACUGUAAUGGGAGACGUGGCAACACAAGGAGAACGAAUUCAAGCACUCUUAAACUGGCGAGAUCCUCGUGCAACAUGCAUAUACAUAAUAUUUUGCUUCAUUGCAGCUCUUGUGCUGUACGUAACACCAUUCCAGAUGUUGUUCCUUCUAACUGGUUUCUACGUAAUGAGGCAUCCUAGGCUCAGAAACCGAAUGCCACCGGUGCCGAUGAACUUCUUCCGCAGGCUGCCUGCUAGGACGGAUAGUAUGUUGUAAUUUUGAAAGUGCAGUAGUAGUGGAUCAUGCAUGUGUUCUAGAAAUGGUUUUCAUGGAGAAACCUGUGAAUGGUUUUGUUGACAUUGUCAUGUGUUGGUGAAGAAAUUAAGUGGAAGUAGUGUCAAUGUAAUGCUACAUUAUGUAUGGAGUUUUGGCCAUAAAUAAUGUCUUAUGAACCCA